AUGUCUGAUUCUGCAGUUGCAACGUCCGCUUCCCCAGUGGCUGCCCCGUCAGUGUCAGUUGAGAAGAAGGUGGCCACCAAGAAGGCAUCUGGAUCCGCUGCCCCAAAGGUGAAAAGGGCUGCUGCCCCGCCAUCGCAUCCGCCAACUCAACAAAUGGUGGACGCAUUCAUCAAGAAUUUGAAGGAACGUGGCGGCUCAUCGCUUCUGGCAAUUAAGAAAUACAUCACUGCCACCUAUAAAUGCGAUGCCCAGAAGCUGGCUCCAUUCAUCAAGAAAUACUUGAAAUCCGCCGUGAAGGAUCCGAAGCCGAAGCCUGCGUCUGCUGAGAAGAAGGUGAAAAGCAAGAAGGUAGCCGUCAAGAAGACCGGAUCCACCGCCAAGAAAGCUGCCGCCGGAGCUGACGAGAAGAAGCCCAAGGCUAAGAAGGCUGUUACCACCAAAAAGACCGCAGAGAAGAAGAAAACCGAAAAGGCAAAGGCCAAGGAUGCCAAGAAAACUGGAACCGUAAAGGCGAAGCCAACAGCAGCGAAGGCCAAGUCGAUGGCGUAG